AUGCGUGUACGAAUUAUUAAUCCGAGUGCGAACCACAACAACUGGCGUCGCGGUCAUUUUGAACCAACGGAAUCCUGUAAUUUGGAGAACUUGAAUAUACAUGCCAGUGCGCGCGAAGUCGAAGACUAUCUUGAACGAUUCAAGAUUUGGUGUAUUAUGCGGAAAGGACUCGAUGGAGAACGCAAAAUGGCUUGUUUCCUAACGGUCAUCGGAAAGAAUGCACACUCGUUGUUGACGAAUUUGGCAUUUUCUGACUCUCCUAUAUCGUUGUCGUAUGAAUCCCUGAAAACCUUGCUGCUGAAGCAUCUACAGCCGGCUAAUUUCGAAGGCACUGAACGAGCCAAAUUUCAUUCACUCACACGUGGUGGAAGCUAA